AUGGAAGCACCCCCUUUCCCAAAGGUUAAGCUUCCUACAAUAGACCCCUUUGAUGGAACCACUGAUCCAGAUGAUCACUUGUCUGCAUACAAACACCAAAUGUAUGUCCAUACCGUGGAUGAUGCCACAUGGUGUAAAAAUUUUGCAGCCACCCUAAAAGGUGUGGCUCAAAAAUGGUUUAGCAAUCUUCCCCCUAACUCAGUGAAUAAUUUCAUAGAACUUAGCUGUCUAUUCACCAGUCACUUUGUGGCAAAUCCGCAAGAACAAAAGAUUAGCAUCCGCUUGGGUAAGAUCAUCCAAGGACCGAGAGAAGCAUUGAGAAGUUUUGUUAAGAGAUUCAAUUUAGAGGCUUUGCAGAUUAAGGUUCUCAAUGCUGGGGUGGCUUUUGACGCCUUCAUUAGAGGCUUAAGGCCAGACAUCUUAAAAUUCGAUCUUGUGAUUCACUACUUGAGCGGAGACUCUGAGAGAGCUGAAGCAUUCAUUCAUGCUACUGAAGUCUGUGCAGAAGCAAAGCAUCCAGAGACCAAAAAUGUUGAGGAAUCAAUUUAG